AUGUCACCUUUGAUGGCGAACCAUAUUUUGAAGGACGACAACGGCAGUCAUGCCCCCAUUGUGUCCAACCAGAAGGUGCCUAACUAUAACGAGGGCAAAAUGAGUGGAAAUGGAGAUAUAGAGAAUCCCGCCAGGCAACUCGAGGAAAUUCACGAGUUCAGACAGGGUCUCCAUCACCGACACAUUCAAAUGAUUGCCCUCGCCGGCACUGUGGGGACGGGUAUUUUUCUGAGUUCGGGCCGUGCCAUUGUGGAAGCUGGACCAUUGGGUGCAUUCUUGGCAUAUACAAUAAUCGGCGCUACUGUUUCGAGUGUCGUCUUCGGAGUUGGUGAGAUGGGAGCCCUGGUACCUCUCAAUGGUGGUGUUAUUCGAUAUGCAGAGAUCUUCUGUGACCCCGCGCUAGCAUUCGCCAACGGGUGGAACCAAGUAUACUCCUACAUUGUGUCGAUUCCUUCGGAGAUUGUCGCUGCCGCUGUUAUCAUUGAAUUCUGGAUCACAGUCAAUAAUGCGAUAUGGAUCACUGUGCUUGGAUUACUCAUGCUUUCCACUGCGUUUGUUUUUGUUCGCGUGUAUGGAGAACUCGAGUUCGGCUUUUCUAUCCUCAAGAUCAUGCUCAUUAUAGGUAUAAAUAUAAUGGCUUUGGUAAUCACCUGCGGCGGAGCCCCGAACAACUCGCCCAUUGGAUUUGCCUACUGGAAAGCCCCAUAUGGACCCUUCGUCCAGUACUUGGGAAUGAGAGGAUCCCUUGGCGGGUUUUUAGGAUUUUGGAAAACUUUUGACAACGCUCUCUUCGCUUACUCGGGUAUCGAGAACUUCACUCUCGCUGCAGCCGAGACUCGAAACCCUCGUCAUUCUAUUCCCAUGGCUGCCAGACGUAUCUUUGUCCGCAUAUUGCUCUUCUACGUGAUAACAAUCUUCAUGGUCGGUCUAAUUGUUUCGUCUGCCGAUCCAGAUCUUCUGGGCUCGUCAGGGACAGCCUCGCAGUCCCCUUUCGUUAUCGCAGCCCGCCAUGCUGGCAUUAAGGUGGUUCCCUCAAUUAUCAACGCAGUUGUUCUCACCUCAGCAUGGUCCUCCGGGAACAGCAAUAUCCUAGGCGGUUCUAGAAUCCUCUACGGCAUGGCAACCCAGGGUCAUGCUCCUGCUGUCUUCAAACGUAUUAACCGCUUUGGUAUUCCUUAUGUUGCUGUUGCGCUCUACGGCACUUUUAUGACACUUGGAUACAUGAGUCUUUCUAGCUCGGCUAGUACGGUAUUCACAUGGCUACAAAACCUUGUCUCUAUCUCUACUUUAGUGAAUUUGAUGUGCAUUUGCAUCGUCUAUCUCAGGUUUUACUAUGGAUGCAAGAGGCAGGGAAUUGACCGCCACAAGGAGCUCCCAUGGGCAGCACCAUUUCAGCCAUACAUAACUUGGAUCUCAUUGAUCGUUUACAUUCUUCUUUUCUUUACCGGAGGAUUUACGACGUUUAUGCGCGGCCAUUGGAAUACUGGAAGCUUUAUUUCGACAUACUUCAACCUGCCAUUCAUCGUUGUUGUGUAUUUCACCUACAAAUUUUGGGCAAAAACGAAGAUCAUUCCACUGGCGGAAAUCCCCGUUCGGUCUUUCAUCGAAAGCUGGCACAAUAAUCCCGAGCCAGAACCUAGGCCGAAGCGUGGCCUCGAGAAAAUCAAUAUUUUGUGGUCAUAA